GAAUCAUGAGCUCCAAUUCGAAAACUUAAAUAAAACAAGAUCAAAUCGAGCACCGAGCACAGCUGAAAAGACCAGCUCAAAGCGCAGUACUACUGCUAGUACUACUGCCAGCAGUACUUGGCCGUCAUCUCCUUGCACCAACAACAUUGGCACACCCACUCACUGGCCAAAUGGCCCCACGGAGUAUGUGCCACAUGUCAUUAGUGGUGAAGGAGGGAAAAGCCAGCGGCGUGAUGUCAGUGGCACAGCGGCGUACAGGUCACAGUGGUGGCGAAUAAACCCGCCCCACCAUAAUAACGCCCGGAGCCAAACCAAGCCAAAGACAGCCGCGGCCAUCUUCCAUCCACCCGAGCGAGCCCAACCACAGCCUCAAGGCGUGAAGAAGGGCAGAGCGCCGGCGUGAAGGCGGACUGGACUAGGCAUCCGGCAAGCGCAGCUCUCUGCCCUGCUCUUGGGAGCUCGCGUGCGUUUGCCGUGUCAAUGGCGACGGCGUGGGUGCGGUCCCUGAGCUGCAGGUCGUACGGCGUUGCGGACGCCGCGGUCGCGCCGUCCCCGAGCAGGAAGAGCCACACGCUCCUCCCCGCAGUCUCGUGCGCCACCGCGGCAGAGGUGAGGGACACGGUGGCGUCCGCGCGGCGCGCCAGGACGCAGCUCAAGCCGCGGCGGGAGAGGCGGACGAGAGCCGAGCAGCUGGAGACAACGAUGAUUCCGUCGAAAAAGAAGCCGAAGAAGCAGAUCCCGGCUGCCGCGUUGUUCAUGCCGUCACCCGUGCCUGUGGCUAGCUCGGCGUUCCUGACGAUGGCGGAGCUGCCGGGUGGCCACUCGUCGCGGCGGGUGGUGGAGCUGAUCUUCUCGUCCGGGUGGUCCGCCGCGGACGCGCCGCCGGAGGUGGAGGCGAUGUUCCGGGUGCACGGCGCGGCGAGGGCAGUGGCGCGGUUCGAGGAGGCCAGGGCGGCCGCCCGCGCGCACGGCGCGGCGGCGCGCUGCGGCGCCGACGGCAACGAGAUGAUGCGCUUCCAGUGCCGGCCCGCCGCGGGCGCCGGCUCGGGAGGCGUCUUCGGCGCCGGCGUGGCCACCUGCCGCCUCGGCCCGGCCGGCUCCGCGGUCCGCACCUUCGCCUGCAGCGGCGCCGCCCACGCCCACGCGAGCGCCGCGUCCUCGCCGUCGCCGGCCUCGCGCCGAAGGGCGAUGCUGGUGUGCCGCGUCAUCGCGGGGCGCGUCCGCACUGCGCACGACGACGGAGACCAUCAUCAUCAUCACCAGUCGCAGUACGACUCCGUCGACAUGGGCGGCGGCGAGCUCGUCGUCCUCGACAGCCGCGCCGUGCUGCCCUGCUUCCUCAUCAUCUACAAGGUCUAGCCCGCGCCGCGCGCCGCGAGCGCAGCCAUUAACCACCGUCAGCUCUACUCCACUCGUACUUAACCGCUCGCUAAUCACCGUCUCCUCAUCUUUUUGUCUCUUCUCUAACAUCCCGUACGAUUAACAGAGAAGAUCGCGCGCUUGUGUAAAAGAUCGCUCCUUUUUCUCUUGGUCUUGAACCGUGAAAUGGUAUAGAAACGUUUUUGCUCCUCUUAAUUGUUAUUUCCCCUCCCGUCGAUUCAAACAUCUCUUCUCUCCCUCUAAUCCUCCAUCCAUGUAUGUACUACGUACCAGCUCUGCUCUGAAAUUUCAUCUUUAGUUGCAACU